CUUAUUUGGUAGCUCUGUGCUUUGUUUACUCAGCUAGGUGAAGGCAGUGCUCUCGCUCCCCGCUCCCUCUGCUAGUAACGCGGGUGUAGGACAUUACACCCCUCUCGUGUUCGGCGAGUAGGAGCAGGGCUCUACUCCUUCCGUUCAGCAGCUAACUGAUGAAGGCUGUGUUCUCGCAACCCGCUCCCGGUUACGCUGCAUCCGGCUACCUACAUGAUGGCUCAUCCAUGUAGCGCCUGUAUGGCUUCUCUCGAGCCCGAGGACGGCCACGACCGCUGCCCCUCCUGCCUUGGUCUCGAGCAUUUGAUGGAGGGUCUCGCGCAGGACGCCUGCAUGAACUGUAGCUGCAUGACUUGGGCGCUCAGAGCGGCCAGAGUCGCAGAGGUGGAGCAUCUGGCAGCAGCCAACGGACACCUCUUCUUGUCGCAUCUUCCCCCAGCUCAGUUCGGCCGUUCCCGGCGACCCGAGGGAGCGAUGGCUACGGGUUCGCCCCCCAAAAGGAGGACUAGAAACAGGCUGUCCUCUAAGGUGGAUCGUUUAGCCGCAGACAUCGACAUGAUGAAGUCGCUCCUCUUAGCCCUUCCGCCAGUGGCCGGUAUAGGGGCUGCUGGCUUGCCGCCUGCCCCUCCUUUGGUUGCCGCACCUCUGCAUGAGGAUGCCAUGUCACUAGCAGCCUCGGCUAACCUCUUCAAUGAAGAGGUGGACGACAAGGCCCCGCUCACUCCCGGGGAGGCUUCCCACUCCUCUGCUCAGGGCUCUCUGCAGGGUGUGGAGGACGCCUCCNACGGACACGCUGAACCGCAGGUUCACUUCCGACAAGUCGGGCUGUAG